AUGGCCCCCCGAGAACAUCCCCCGGUACAUGUACCGCUUCGAACCUCCAGCCGGAAUAACCUCUUACGAUCCGACGCCAUGGAGAGCCAGGAAAAAGCCAAGUACUCGGACCGGAGAACCUCCAAAGCGCAACGAAUCCUAGGAACCGACCUGCCCAUCCAUAACAACCAGAACCAGUGGGACAAACCACAGAAGCAACAGAAAUCCCGCCGGGCAAGUCUCCGAACGCCCGAUAGCUCCUCAAGACAACAGCAACAGCAACAGAACAACGCAUUCGUCCCUUUCCCGACAUCUAAAUCAGGCGACAUUUUGAUUCCACCCCAAAAUCUCCGGGUGCGAGCUUCAUCGCCCCUGCUCGGCCAUGAAUACCUUUCUCAGGACCCUGUCCCGCCCCUCCCCAAGCCUUCGAAGAGAGUUCACCAAUCGGGCUCUUCGUCUACAUUGUUCUCCUACUUCAGAUCCCAAGAGUCGAAAUCCAGGCCAGAGAGCCCCAAAGGCUUGCAGCCCCGAAUUCAAAAUGAGCUGGGCUUGGAUCCCCAUGUGACAUAUAAGCAAACUCGGAGUUCUCCAAAGGACUCCAAGCGAAAGCUACGCCCACCCCGCAUUGAUUUGUCCAUUUUAUUUCCGAAACCAAGGAACCCUGCCCCGCCCCUUUUGUCUCCUCAGCGUAUGACCAGCUCUCCAUCGCCGGUCUCGACGGUGGUCUCCGAUUAUCCAUCCAACCGAAUUGAACGAGAGCCCGUCAAGAGCAGCCAUUCCGCCUCUCGACGAUUUGGAGACCCACUGCCCUCUCGUGCUUCUGUAGCUCACCACGAGGUACCCAAGCAGCACGUGGACCGCUCGGAUUUGCUGUCAAUUCCGGAAUCAUCGAAAAGCGAGUGGUUCGAUCAGCCGUUGGAGCGCACCGUUGGGACAAGCGAGAUUGAUCUGGCUUUGGACCGAUAUGCAGGCAGGCGAUCACUGUUUAGUCGCUCUAGUGUGUAUACUGCAAGCCGGGAGCAGUUACAGACGGAUCAGCGCCGGCCUUCGGAAACCAGUACCAGCACACAUCGCGCUCAGAGCCCACCUAGGAACCAGCAAAGGGACAGGUCGGAAUAUCUGUCUCCUAAAUCCAAGCCGGCUCCUUCUCAGAUCAUCAGUCCUCCAGCUCAGACCAGGCAACAGAAGGACCGAAGCAGUUCGCAGGGUGCGAAGAGCGCUGUCACCAAGAAGAGCAGCAAGAGCACUUUGAAGCAUAAAGACUUGCAGAAUACCAGCGUUCUCUGCCUCUCCUCAUCCGAAGAUGAGACCGAGGAGGAGCUUGAGACUCCAACGGAGGGUCGCACGCAUAAAACAUUACGUGACAGUGUGGGCACCUAUGGGGAGUAUGAGCCGGAAAUCUACACAGCCCAGGCUGCCCAAGCGGCUACUGGUCAGAUGUUGAGGAAGGUCGAUCGUGCACCAUCCACUAGCAGCCGUGGCUCCCAUCCAAACCAACGGAGCCAGUCAACGCGCAAACACGCCCACCAGCCUUCAAUGUCCUCCACAGGGAAGGCAUCUACUGGCAAGUCAUCUACCAACACCCGACGAACCACCCAGUCCCGGCGGUCAAGUGGUAUUCCAACCAUCGCUGAACCGGAUAUUCUGGACCAGCUGCCGCAACCACCAAUGCGCACACCUCGGGAAUUGAAGGAGAUGAACCGCCGAAGCCGAGUGAUUGCCGUGACGCGACAAGAGCAGGACUUGCUGGAGGCGAUGCGCCUGCGCAAGGGCAAGGUUACUCCCAGCAUUUUCAACUACCAGUCUGCCGAACCCGAUCGUAAUUCAGUGUUGUCAGUUCCUUCAAGGGAUUCCUUCUGUGGAUCCGACACCUCGUUCCUGCGCCUCAGCGCUGCUUUCCCGCCGUUUCCCACACAUCAAGGUGCCUCUCACAUGGACAAGGACACACAGAGUUCGAGUUCUGAUAAUGAACAGAAGACUGGUAAUUCGAUCGCCAGCACGGGAUACUCGGAGUCUCUGCCAUCCCCUUCCACCGCUGGUGCUUCACCGCUCACACCGACACUCCCGAUUCACCGCUUCUCGCCACUUCCAUCUCCUAAGCCUCAUCCCCGAGGGCCCCCGCCGGCCAUCCCCGAGGAUCAAAAGCAGCAUACUCGGCGUCGUACCGAUAGCAGCGAGGCUAUAAUGCUGAAUGGCGGCGAGCCGCAGUCAAAACACGAUCUUCCGCUUUGGUCAUUCGAUUUUGAUUGGAAUCACGACCGCAAUAGCGUCGCUGCGGUGCAUUAA